AUGGUGCAGGUGCUCAUCAUGAUGGCCGACUACGGUCACGACCCAACCGAGACGGCCGUCCCAUACCACGCCUUCAAGAACGCCGGCUUCCACGUCAACUUUGCCACCGAGACGGGCAACACGCCCGCGUGCGACAAGCGGAUGCUGGAGGGCCUGACGCAAAAAGUCCUAGGCGCCAAACGAUCCACCGUCACCCUCUACACGGCCAUGACGCAAACCCUGGAGUGGACGCUCCCACGCUCCUGGACAGCAGCCGCCUUCACGCUGGCGCCGUUCGACCUGGUGUUCCUGCCGGGCGGGCACGACAAGGCCGUGCGGCAGCUGAUCGACUCGGCGUGCGCGCGCCGGCUGCUGGCAGACUUCUUCCCGGGCACGCGCAAGCCGAGCGCGCGCGCCGCCGCCGCCGUCUGCCACGGCGUGCUGGCACUCGCCGGGGCGUGCGACGCCGCCACCGGCCGUAGCGUGCUCGCCGACUGCGCCACCACGGCGCUGCCCGCGCGCUUCGAGCAGCUUGCCUUCUGGGGGACUAGGUUGUUCCUCGGUGAUUACUACAAGACGUACGGUGUCGGGAGCGAGGAUGUCGAGCCGUCGGUGCGCAAGGCGCUGGCCGACCCGAAGCAGUACAAGAACAGCCUCAGCCCGUUGCCCUUCGUCGUCGAGGACACGCAGUUCAACUACAUCAGCGCGCGCUUCCCCGGCGACGUGGAGCUCAUGGCCAGCAGGAUCGUCGACCUCAUGCACAACAUUGACCAGACCCCUUCUAUACCGGGUGUUUGA